UGCCUGCAGUACCAGAGAGGACUGGAAAAAUGGCGGCGGGUUCUGGAGCAGUUAGCGGCCAUGGUGGCCGCGGCGCUUUGGAGGCCACCCUGGACCGCAGAUUCCAAGGAGUAUCCAACACUAUGGAGUCUAUACAGGGACUGUCGACCUGGUGCAUUGAAAAUAAAAAGUAUCACAGCCUUAUCGUUCGGUACUGGAUGAAGUGGCUCAAGAAAUCGGACACCAACCACCGCCUGAAUCUGUUCUAUCUCGCCAAUGAUGUAAUACAGAACUGCAAGAGGAAGAACGCCAUCGUCUACCGCUCAGCCUUCGCUGAGGUGCUCCCCAACGCUGCACUAAUGGUCAAAGACCCGAAGGUGCGUAAGUCAGUGGAGCGGAUCUUCACUAUAUGGGAGGAGAGAAACGUCUAUCCUGAGGAAGUCAUCACUCAGCUCAAAGCCAACCUGGCCAAGAAGGAGAGAGAGAGGGAGAAAGAGAAGGCUAAAGAGAUGCCUCCUCCGCCAGCCCCAGUCAACCCCAAAGCUGCCCUGAAGUCCAAGAUUGUGGCUGAUUUCAUACCCCAGUCGUUCAUCGAGCAGCUUGCGGGCUUCAAACGGGUGGUGGAGGAGGAGGAGCUGAGGGAGACCCAGCUGACAGCUCUCAGAGUGGACGUCUGCAGCACGGAGGCCCUCAAGAGACUCAAAGACAAGGCCGGAGGGAACAAGUUUGCCAAGGACUUUGAAGAGGGCAGUCAGAAGCUGCAGGAGUUUGUCAGUUUCCUGGAGAACCAGAUGCCUGUAGGGCCCCCUCUGCUGGAGGCUCUAGGAAACGCAGACGUCUUCUAUGAGAUGCAAUACAAGGAAGUUAAGAUCGUGGCCAGCGCCUACAAAACCUUUGCCAACCGCGUGGUCAACCUCAAACGUAAACUGGAUGCCCUCAAGUCCUCUCUUCCCGGUCCCGAGGACUCUCCCAUCCCCUCCCCCUCUGAGGACGCUCCCUCACCCACCGGCUCUGACUCCCCCUUCCUGGGGCUGGGAGGAGACCAAGGGGGUAGGCUGGGCUUUGACCCGGACCUGGAUGGGAGUGCCAUGGACGAGAGGGACAUGGGGGUUGUGAGAGAGGGGGACAACAGAGAUGUGGAGGACAUGGAUCUGUCUGAGGAGGACAUGGAGACAGCCAACCCAGCAGAGAAGCAGUCGUCAUCAGCCACCGUUUCCAAGGUGACCAGCUCCAAGACCGCAGCGAAACCCGCCCCUGUCACACUCAUUCGAACCUCCACCGAAUCCCCUCUCAAAAAGGCAGCCUCGUCUACCCCCACGCCAGUGACCCCCAGCACCCCUACGAGCGCGGGUGUGAGUGGUCCUAGCGGUCCGACCGCUCCUCUGGGAAUGAACCUGGCCAAUGUGGACCUGGGCAAGAUCAGCUCCAUACUGAGCAGUAUCACAUCAGCCAUGAAGAACACAGCAGCCAGCCCUGUGUCUCGCCCCUCCCCUGGAACUCCCACCACCCCCUCUGGCCAAUCAUCUUCCUCCAAAACGCCUGUUGGCCCCACCCCUCCAAGCCCAGCCCUGGCCAGCAUCCUGUCCAGAGUGAACGUCACCCCUGAAGGCAUCCUCAACGCCCUGUCAAAGACCCAAACACAGAGUCUGUCCUCCCUGCUGAGGUCUGGUAGCUCCUCCUCCUCUGCCCCCUCCUCCCAUGCCUCCCCAGACUCCUCAGCAGCCAAGGGCCCCCCCACACCCACCACUCCUAGCAACACCAAACCCCCCCUGACCAACAGUCUCAAACGAGACACACCUGAGAGGAGCAGAGGAGCUAGGGAUUGGGAGAAAAACCGAGAGGCCUCCCCUCCUCCUCCUCCUCCUCCUCCCUCUCUCCCUAGCCACUCUGUCUCUCCUCCCAGCCUAGAGUCAAAGAUCAACCGUUUCCUCCAGGGGAACCCAGGGUUCAGUCUGGGCCUGGGGGAUGGGAGCCCUCUGCUGGGGGGAGACGGGGUAGACGGGACCCCCGUCAGGGAUGAGAGCGGGGGCACCCCCACCCAGGACGAAAUCAUGGACACACCAGGGGGUGUCUCCUCCGACCCCCUUGGCCUCAACAGUGACCCCAAGAGCUUAGGCUCAUCCAUAGGUCAUGAUCUUUCACCCACGGCCUACCGCAGUGACCCUUGGGACGCCGUCAUCACCCCAACAGGAAGCAGCAACGACGUGGACUUCCUCUCUUCCUCUUCUCGUUUCCAAGGCUACGGAGCGGGGAAGAAGACCGCCAAGCUGAAGGAGGAAGAUUCGAGGAGGAAGAUUAGCUCUUCAUCACUGGGAAGCAGCAAGGUGAAGAAGGAUGGACAGAACAGUCACGGGAAGAGUCACGGGAACAACAGAUCAGUCGAAGGAGAGAGGAGAGCGUCCAUAGGUUCUCGCAAGACCAGCAGCGGGUCAGAGGAGGGAGGAAUGAGUGGAACGAGGGAUGAAAAGGGAAAGAGGGGAGGAGAGGAUGGUGGGGGCUCAUCUGACGGGGAGGGGGGGCAGUACCACCGUAUCGAGACGCUGGUGUCACCUUGCACAGAGGGAGCACCUUUCCAAUCACUGGGGGGCUUCUCAAACCGCCAGCCAACCGGAGAGCGCAUCCAGACGGUGGAAAGUAUCCGCGUGAUUGGACAAGGGCUGCGUCGCGGGGGUGGAGAAGGGGGGAGGCCAGGCGGAGGGAUGUGGUACGAUGAGGAAGGGUACCUGGAUACCCAGCCCCCCUCACCUUCCCCUCAGGGCGGCUCUGACGACAUGACUUCACCCCCCAUGCCUCCCCCGACCUCACACCACCACCUUCCUCCUCAUCCUCAUUCUAAUCACCCUCCCCACCCUCAUCCGCACGGCCCCCCACCCCAGUUUCAGAUGCCCCCCUACCAUGGGGAGAACCCCCAGGGUCCCCACCCCUCACACCUCCACCAUCAUCCCCCCCCUCCCUUCUUCAACUCCCCUCCUCCACCCAUCCCACGCCCUCCACCCCCUCCCAUGCCCCAGCUCCCUCCACCUCCGCGCAACUUCCUCCCCCCCUCGGCAGUCAUGGUAGGCGGGGUUCUAGUCCCCAUUGACCGCCAACUGCCCCUCCCUCCCCAGGUCCGCCCAGAUGGAGGAGACCGAGGGGGGAUGGGAGGGGGACCCAGGGGGGGUAAAGGUGGUCCCACUCCCCUCAUGUCCUCUCUGUUAGGGGAGCCCCCUAAGAUGCCUCGUCCCGGCACAGUCAAAGAGCAUUACACUCCCCGCCACGCACCCCCUCUCCACCGCCCCGGCACCCCCGGUGCCCCGCCUCCCUUAUUGGGCCGUGUCAAGGAUGGCAUCAACCUCCCUCCUCCACCCCCCUCCUCCUCCACCCCUCCCUCUCCCUCAGGCGACCCCCUGCUUCCUCGCCCCCAAGCUCCUCCGCUCCAGCACCCUCCCGCUAGCGCACCUGCCCAGCCCCGACACCCCAACCCCAACCAUCCACACCGUCCCUCGCCAUCCCUCCUGCGCCUAUCCUCCCCCAACCCCCGCCCCUCCAUCAACUCCACCCCCCAGAGACCUCUACUCCACCCUCGCGGCCCCCCUGUCCACCCGCACCUAAACCGAGAGCCACCCAUGUUCCGCGGGGGCAAGCGUCCUGGCCCUCCAUUCGGCGGGGGCCGAGGAGGUCCCUUCUACCCCAAGAGACCUUUCUUACCCCCACGCUAUUGAAAUGUUAACCAUGACAAGCUGAAUGAAAAGCAACCCACACACCUAGCUACCCAACACGGGGAGAAGAUGUGUAGAACCCUUAUGGUAUGAGCCCAGUCUGUCCUCACUAUGUUAAUCCUAGUGGAGUCAUUUGUUUUAUUACAUUUAGCUGAUCGCACCUUGACACAAACUAGCACGUCACCUCACCACAAUACAGUACCAGCUUAGCAAUUAUGUGUUAUGGAUGAAAUAGGUAACCAAACCAAAUCUGCCUCCCCCUCCCCUCCUCCAAUCCCCAGGAGCAACAAUGUUCUCUGCUUCCCCUCACUAAAGCAGUGAGGGAGUAAUGGAGGUGUGAACUAGAAGGAAGACGACAAGCACAGAUCAAAUAGAAACAGAAACAGGUGGUUAUUCUAUUUCACUAAAAUUCUACUUACCUCCGGUAUUGUGUGAAUAAGCUGAUAUAAACACUUUCAGAGAGAGAGAGGGAUAGAUGGGAUGGGCUGGAGGGAUGGAUGGGAUGGGCUGGAGGGAUGGAUGGGAUGGGCUGGAGGGAUGGAUGGGAUGGGCUCGAGGGAUGGAUGGGAUGGGCUCGAGGGAUGGAUGGGAUGGGCUCGAGGGAUGGAUGGGAUGGAUGGGCUCGAGGGAUGGAUGGGAUGGAUGGGCUCGAGGGAUGGAUGGGAUGGAUGGGCUCGAGGGAUGGAUGGGAUGGAUGGGCUCGAGGGAUGGAUGGGCUCGAGGGAUGGAUGGGCUCGAGGGAUGGAUGGGCUCGAGGGAUGGAUGGGAUGGGCUCGAGGGAUGGAUGGGAUGGGCUCGAGGGAUGGAUGGGAUGGGCUCGAGGGAUGGAUGGGAUGGGCUCGAGGGAGGGAUGGGCUCGAGGGAGGGAUGGGCUCGGCUCGAGGGAUGGGCUCGAGGAUUGGAUGGGAUGGGCUCGAGGGAUGGGAUAGAUGGGAGGGGCUGGAGGGAUGGUAUGGAUAGAUGGGAGGGGGUUUGAUUGAGGAACAACGUUGCUCCCUUAGAGUGUCCUAAAUACAACCAUUUUUCUCAAUAGGAUUUGGUUAUCCAAAUGAGUGCUGACUUUAUGAUCAGUGCUGUUGUGGAGUUUCUCCACCAUAACCCCAACGUGCUCCCAGUGCAUCGUAUUGCAAAUAAUAACCUUGUUUCUCUCCUAGAGGUUUUCAUGCUUAAGUCUCUCUUCCCUCUGUAUAUUUCUUAGCUUUUAAAUGUAUAGACUGAAUGAGUUGGCUGUGUUGCGACUAUUAAACCUCGGUUGUUUGUGUGAAGAGCAGAGUCAUCGCUAUUUGCUAACUUGUGAUUGACGCCAUUGUGAAGAAGCCUUAGCUGUAGUUACACCGAGGCAGCGAUGUUUGUGCUUCUCAUUGCUCUAACAAAACACCAAUCUGUCCAUCUCCAUUUCUCCAAUCUGAGGGGGGGAGGAGAGUGAAGAAUCGUCGAGUGUAAAGACGCAUUUAACAGAUAAUAAUGAGUUGCGGAGACUCAGUAGUUGAGGCGGGUGCUUUAGAAGUUUGAACUAUGAACCCGCUGUCUCUCUACUAGGCCAUCGCUACCUGUAUUGUCUUUAAUAAAAUCCAGUUUCAACCCAACCAAGGGGAGGGUACUACUUUCUUUGAUAGUCACUGUCAUGGAUACCGGUAAGACCAGUCUCAGCAGUUGUCAUGGAUACCGGUAAGACCAGUCGCAGCAGUUGUCAUGGUGCUGCUGUAUGAUAGAUGUUAUUUUGGUCUACUUAUUCAAAGCUGAAUUGAAAUGCUGAAACAUUACUUAUAACAGCACAAACAAUGUCAUUUUUUCCCCCAACUGCUCAUUUGUUCUGAGUUGUUUUGGAUUUCUUGCUGUGAUUUUUGUUGUGGCUGUAACCUCAUGUCAGAUGUAAAAUAUCUAUACUUGCCUAUGCAUGUGCAGUGCACUGUCUCUGUCCAGUCCAGAAGUCCUUUUUGUUUGUUACUUUUGACCUGUUCCCUUCGCUACCUUUCCUAGAUUUAGUCUCUUCUUUCCUCCUUUCCUUCCUCUGACGCUGUACAUUUACAACUGUAGAAUACCAAGUAACACCAAUGAAGAAGUGAUGAGUGAAUUAUCUGCAAACAUUCAUUACUCAUUAAGAUAAUGGACACCUAUGUAAAUGCUCCUCUGAAUUUCCCAUCAGUGUUAGUUUAUCAGUUUAUAGUGUUCUGCUAUACAUUUCUGAAUGGAAGCGAUGCUGUUCUGAAUCAAUGGUACAGAGCAGCUACUACUCUCACUCUGACUGUAUGUAUGAUGUGAUGCUUCUCUCUGUCACUGCUGAUAAUGACCAGAUUAACGCAGGCAAGUUGGUUUGUGCACGUUUCCCUGCUGUACAUUAGACUAAUGACUUCCCUUCUAACUCGUACCUCAGUUAGACAGCGAGACACCAGGAUGGAUUCAGAGAUGUAAUCAUUUUCUUGGAACAGUUUGUUUAAAUAAUAUUGUCAUUCAAUGUACUCUUGAGUUUGAAAUAUGUUUGUUUUGAAUAACUUUUGAGUGAAAAUGCUUAAGAUUUGAGGAAUCUAAUGGUGUGUGUGUGUGUAUAGUAUGCAUUAACUAUGUAAUGAUUCAGUCAUGAAGGGGUGGUUGUGUUAUGUUCUCUGUGUUUAGAUGCAUUGCUAUUCUUUUUAUGAUCAUCAAUGAUGUUCUAUCAUUAAUCUUUUGAGUGUCCAAUCCUUUCCGAUGCUACUGCUCUCCUCUCUCUACCACUGAGCCGUCCUGUAGUUCAGGGAUUUACUAUGUUUACCUAUGACUGUCACAAUUUAGACAUACAGCCAGGCAUUUACUUCAUAUGAAGACUUUACAGUUUAAACCACACUCCAUGGAGUCCUACUGCAUGUGUUUUUGUUUUAAAGACAGCCUCUGCAUUUAUGAAUAUUAAAUUCAUAAUCAACCACUUGGCCUGACCUUUUAGGC